GCCAACUUCAGAUAAUCCACCCAUGUUUGCCUCACGAUUGCUAGUUUCCUUGCUUCUGCCAUAUGAUUCUGGGAAACUAUUUGGCCUGACCUGAACAAAGAAUAUAUUACAAUGCUUAUUAUAUACAAAGAAUUUCCGCAGUGGCUUCACCUGACUGGGCCCAUUCAGAUAGUUCACUUCUACUUCCCUUACAAUGGCUGGUUUCCUCUCUGAAUGCUGGUUUACUGUCUUAUUUGGCAUUUCAAAAUUUACUUCAAGCCUUCAAUACGCCAUUACGCAAUAUUGUAUCGUUCGUCUGCAAACUGCAAAGCUAACAGGUUGUCAGUGAAGUCGCCUUUGUAUCUUGUUAUCGUUUUCUUCCUACUCAACACUCGUCAGUUCCUAAAACUUGUUAAGUCAAAAGCUUUAAUAUCUUAGACUACAUUUCUAAACUAGAUUCGUUUAUAUUUAACAUCUCUGUAGAAGGUUUUCUAGUCCUUGAUGUUUUUUCUCUACUUGUGUCGUUCCUUUGAGGAUGGCGUCUUUGGCUGAGGAAGUUUCUAUUCUUUUGAGGUGCAGCUCGCAAGAGUUAAAGCAACACCUUACCUCCAAGGGCUACGACCAUUCCACAGCCACCACAUUUUUGGGUAAUAACUUCAUAAAUAGCUUAUAAGGUAACCCUUGUCUCAACUUCAAGAAUGGCUCAGGCCAAUGUUCAGCCCCGUCAAAAUUUCAGUUGAUUCCGAUGCAAAUUUGUAAUCAAGGGGGGAUACUCAUCAUUGACAAAACACUUCCGCCAUGACCAUGCAAUGAAAACUUGUAGUAAAAGUAAGGCAAGUUUGGUUUGUGGUCAAAAUGGUUGUAAGGAGUCUUUUGACAAUUUUUCCGAUUUCAAUUAUCAUUUGAGAUUUUGUAAAUUGUUCGCUAAAGGGAGUUUACCACCUCAGCCAAUACCAGUACAACCCGUUCAAAAUCCAGUGUCUGUUAAUACUGAAGGUGAUUUAGAUAACAGUUCUCAGGUGUGUGAUUUAAUGGGAAGUAGCCAAUCAGUAGAACUCAAAGACUUUUUUGCAAAACUUAUGUUAGAUUUAAAAGCCAAACACAAUGUCCAUCAUGCUGCUCUUGAUUAUUUGUCAUUGAAAUUAAGGGAAGGGCUUAAUGGAUUCCAAACUUUAGAAUGUGAGGGAAAUAAUUUGGAAAGAGAAUCUACAUUGGCUACUGUCAUUGAAAGUUUUACACAGCUGGGUUCACAACAGAAACGUACUGGAUAUUUUAAAACUAAUUUUAACUUUAUUGAGCCUGAAGAGCUUUUUGUUGAUCGUUCUACUGGUACUGUUAUGAGGAAUGGUAGAAUAAUGUAUCGAGAUGUUAAUAACACAUUUCAGUACAUUUUCCUUCGUAGGACCCUUACUGCUUUGUUUUCAAACGAUGCAUUCAGACGACUGUAUUUUUCGGAGGCCCCAUCAUCUGAUGGUUUUAUUCGAUCGGACAGGGACAGUAAUUUUAUCAAACUUCAUCCAUUAUUCUCAAACUUUCCAAAUGCAAUCCGAAUUCAACUUUAUUAUGAUGAUGUAGAAACUGUUAAUACGCUAGGAUCGAAAACAAAAAAGCAUGAACUCGGAAUGUUUCUUUUCAGAAUUUUAAAUUUGCCAAAUGUUGAGAACUCCAAACUAGCUAACAUUUUCCCCAUAGCAAUUUGCACGUCGAUUCAAAUUAAGAAACAUGGUUUUGAUUUCAUAUUUUCUCGCAUCAUGGAUGAGGUAAAAGAACUCGAGUCAGAGGAUGGGAUGUUGCUCCAUAUUCCUGGUUUCACCAAUGGUCUUUUAGUUAGAGGCUCUAUCGCGGCUGUAUGUGCAGACUCUAAGGCCGCCCAUGAGCUUGGGGGUUUCCUAAGUCCGUCCGCCAAUAAAUUUUGCCGACUUUGCUUGAUCGACCGCAAAGAUAUCAAGAAUUGUAAUUGUUUUGAUCAGCUCAACAUGAGAAACAGGAACAACUAUGAAGAUGCUGUUAAAGAAUCGUCAGAUUGCAUAGAAAAAUCUAGAGGAACAGGAAUUUUAAAAGGAUGUCUUCUAAAUCUUUCAAAAUAUUUUCACGUUGCGGAAAACUUUAUUCUUGAUGCGAUGGAUGACUUUUUAGAAGGGGUUGUCCCGUUUAUGAUUAAACUUUUGUUGCGUUAUUUAAUUUCACUUCCUCAGACCGCCAUAUCUGCUGCUCUUUUAAAUCGUCGAAUUGAGCUGUUUCAUUAUGCGUUUAACGAUCUUGCUAACAACCUUCUCCCAAGUUUACGACUAAAGGUCUUAAAAAAAGGGAAAUUAUCUAACCAAACAACGGGCCGCACAAAACUGGUGUUUGGUUCGCAUGCUACCCUUCCUUAUUGGAGAUUUGGUGAGCGAAGGUAACGAUCAUUACACUCAUUUUUUACAACUACUUGAUAUAAUGGAUAUUGUCAUGUCACCGAAACUAGCUAAUGAAAAUAUCGUUGUGUUGGAGGACUUAAUCUGUCAAUUUGUCGAUAAGUUUACUGAAUUAUAUCCCGAUGUGCAACCAAUCAACAAAUUUCAUCAUAUGGUUCAUUUUCUGGAUAUAAUAAGGUUGCACGGUCCACCAGUAAAUUACUGGUGCAUGAGAUACGAAGCUUUUCUCAAUAUAGUUAAACAGUAUUCUAAAUCCACAAACAAUUUCGUUAACUUCGCAAAGUCUACAGCUGUUCACUUACAGUCCAUAUUCGUUUUAACUAUACAUAUAUACAUACAUACCAAUAAUAUUAUCGUUAAACAACAACAAAAAUUCGUAUCGCAUCGACAUUUGGUUGGUAUCGUGGUAUAAAGAUCGUUUAAUCUUGUUUGUCCAAUAUUGGCUUAUAAUUGGCUAAUCGAUAUCGAUCAAGAGCAAAAAAUUGAAAUUAUACCAACAUUGGAUUAGAAUAUGGAUAUAUAAAUCGUUUAAACGUCUGUUUCUGACUUUGGGAUACUAUUGGCAUUUCGAUAUCGAA